AUGUCACGCAACGCUCAAAAGCAGCGGAAAGGUAUCAAACUACCAUUCACUCUACGGCAGGAACUAGGCAUCGAGGAACAUGGGCGACAGCAUCACGGUGGGCGGCAAACCCGAGGAGCGCAUGGAGCAGUGAGAGGGCGCAAAGAGCAGCGCAAGGUGGAGAGACAAGAGAAGAGAGGAAUCGGGAGAGGGCCAAGACAUCUCUCGAGGCAGGCGGCCGACGUGGAGGACGACGACGAGGACGAAGAUGGUGGGGAUUUUGAUCAGAGCGACGAGUCCUCUGAUCACGGACAUUCUGUCAAGAAGCAGCCAGCUGCAACAGCAUCAAAGCGAGACUCUCAACCGCAACCGCAACCCAAGUCAAUCCUAGAACAAGCGAAAGCAAGACCAGAAGAAACGACAUCACACACAGACUCUUCGCCGUCGAGUUCCCGCUCCUCAUCCCCCGCCUUGGUCCUGGACUCUUCCUCAAAGGCCUUCAAAGAUCGAGCGGCGCAGGAUGAUGCAGAGAUAUCAACGUUGGAGAAGAGACUGGGACUGAAAAAGAGGAAGAGAUCUGCCGUGGACGAUGGAUUGGACGAUAUCCUUGGUGGCCUGGAUAGCGAUGAAGAGGAUGGUGCGCCAGCGAGGAAAAGUGAGGCGCGGGAAUGGUUGGAAAGGAAGAGGAGGAAGGCUAUGGACCUGGAUGUUGAAGAUGAGAAUGAGGAAGAUGUGGAAAGCACCAGUGACCAGAGCGAUGAGUUUGACCUCGAAGAUGGGAAUGACGACGAGGAAGAUUUUGAUGCUUCGGAUCUUGAUGCUGAGAAUGAUCCCAAUGAUGACGAGGAAGAUUUCGAAGGUUUCGAGGCUGAAGACGAGCCCACGCCUCCGCCUAUAAAGAAAAUACGGGAGAACCCGUAUGUGGCUCCUGUCACAGCGGACACAGUAACCACGACGAAAUAUGUGCCUCCCUCGCUGAGGAAAGCCCAAGCAUCCGAGAGUCAAUCCCUGGAACGACUAAAACGGCAGAUUCAGGGUCACCUCAACAAGUUAUCCGAAGCAAAUCUGAUAUCGAUACUGGGCGAGGUUGAGAAAGUCUAUCAGUCAAAUCCCAGACAAGAUGUCACCACCGUGCUUAUCGACUUGCUACUUACUCUUUUCUGCAAUAAGUCGUCUUUGCAGAACACCUUUGUCAUUCUCCAUGCUGCUUUUGCAGCAGCUAUAUACAAAGUUAUCGGAGUUGACUUCGGAGCCGAUCUUCUUUCCCAGACCAUUGACCGCUUUGAGCAAUAUCAUACAGCCGACUCUCAGGGCAAAGAAUCACUAAACCUCAUCAGUCUUCUUUCCAACCUUUUCACCUUCCACGUCGUUUCUAGCGCCAUUAUCUUCGACUAUGUUCGCAUCCUUUUGUCCAAACUCACUGAAAACAACACCGAGCUCCUUCUGAGAUUGAUUCGGGACUGUGGGCCACAGCUUCGUCAAGAUGACCCUUCUUCAAUGAAGUCAAUUGUUCAGCUUAUGCAGAAGGAAUCCGCUAGAAUGACAACCCAGGGUGAACAUAUGUCGGUUCGUACGAAAUUCAUGAUUGAGACGAUCACAGACCUCAAGAACAAUAAAAUGAAGGCAGCCACCAGCAAUUCCGGGUUAUCGAGCGAACACAUCACACAGAUGCGAAAGACCCUGGGUUCUCUCAACAACCGACCCUCUUUACGCGCCAAUGAACCACUUCGUGUAAGUCGAGACGAUAUCAAGAACAGUGACCGAAAGGGUAAAUGGUGGCUUGUAGGCGCAAGCUGGAAAGGCAAUCUUGAUGCCACUCCGGCCACUAAUCGCCAUCUCGACGAAGACGACCUGGCAGCCGCUUUGCCCGACAACCACGAAAAUGAGGAUCCUGAUCAAAUAGACCUAUCUGAACUCGCCCGUGUGUAUGGAAUGAACACCUCUGUACGCCGAUCGAUCUUCAUCACACUUCUCUCCUCCCUCGAUUCCGUUGACGCCCAUACCCGCUUACUCAAAUUGCGCUUGAAACGCUCUCAAGAGCACGAAAUCCCCCAUGUCCUCUUACGCUGUGCCGCUGGCGAAGACCCCUACAAUCCCUACUACGCCCUUGUCGCGAAACGCCUGUGCAUGCAAACGAGGAUGAAAAAGGCCUUCCAAUUUGCAUUAUGGGGAUGGCUGCGAACCCGGCUAGGUGAGAAAAUGGACGCUGAAGGCGAAGAAAGUGAUGACGAGGAAGACAGCCUAGCCAUCAACGACCCAGUCAAAAUGAGCGAGAUCGCCAAUCUGUCACGCCUCUUCGCGAACUUGAUCCUCGAUGGCUCCCAAUCCCUUGGCAUCCUCAAAGUCCUUGACCUAGCAUAUGUCAAGGAGCGCACAAGCAUGUUCGUCGAACUCCUGCUAGUCCUGAUUUUCACGGAAGCUCAUACAAAUGCGAGGAAACACUCCACCACGACCUCUGCUCCCCAUGCGAGUCUUCUUCCGGAAACAACGAUCAGCCGCACCUUCGAACGUGGAGCCGUAGAGACACCUCAGAUCGUGAAGAGAUUGCAGUUCUUCAUCAAGCGGAACGUGAAGGACUCCGACCUCGUGGAGAAGCGGGAUCGCGAGGCUGUGAAGAAGGGGUGUCGUGCUGCCCUCAAGGUGUUGAAGCGGGCCGCGACGGCCGGUUCGGGUGGACCUGUUCCGGAUCUCGAUGGUGAGAAUGACUUGGAUUGA